AAGGCGGCGCGCGCGGACGAGGUGCGCACUUCAGUCGGCGGCGAAAGGCAGUGGUGGCGCUUGUGUUGUCGUCCGUUCUGUGACGCUGUGCUCGCUCCUUCCCCACCCCCGCCGUCACCGGGCCCAGACGUGGUCCCCGCCGCAGCUGCAGCCGCGGCCAGGCGAGGCGAUGGCCAAGGUGUCGGUGCUGAACGUGGCGGUGCUGGAGAACCCGAGUCCUUUCCACAGCCCCUUCCGGUUCGAGAUCAGCUUCGAGUGCAGCGAGGCCCUGGCGGACGACCUGGAGUGGAAGAUCAUUUAUGUGGGCUCCGCCGAGAGUGAGGAGUACGAUCAGGUCCUGGACUCAGUGCUGGUCGGCCCUGUGCCCGCAGGAAGACACAUGUUUGUGUUUCAGGCAGACGCACCCAACCCAGGCCUCAUCCCAGAGACAGAUGCCGUAGGCGUGACCGUGGUCCUGAUCACGUGCACCUACCACGGACAGGAGUUCAUCCGUGUGGGCUACUACGUCAACAACGAGUACCCUAGCCUCGAGCUCCGGGAGAACCCACCCCCAAAGCCUGACUUCUCCCAGCUCCAGCGGAACAUCCUUGCCUCGAACCCCCGAGUGACCCGCUUCCACAUCAACUGGGACAGCCAGGAGGACAGGCUGGAGGCCAUCGAGAACCAGGACCCUGUGCUGGGCUGCGACCUCUCACUUAGCUACACGCCGGUAAAAGGCCUGGCCCUCCCGGGCUGUGUCCCCAGCCUACUGCCUGAGAACUCCAUGGACUGCAUCUAACAGAGCCGAUGGGCCUCCCAGAGCCAUGCGGGGCAUCUCUAAGACUUCAGGGCCACCAGCUGCUUUGGGCCUGUCAAAUGCGGCCCCAGGGAGUAAGCAGGCCUAGGUCUCUCCAGCCCAGCCCACAAAGUUACCUCUGUGCCACUAAGCAGCAGGUCCCUGGGCCUUGGACCCAGCGUUCCUCCUGCCUUCUGCCUGCCUUGAGGCGCUCCUGGAUGCUGCCUAGCGAGAUCCCACUUCCUGUCCCUUGAGGAACACCUGAAGGUGACAUGCUGGAUCCCCGUGUCCAGUGGCAUCGGGUUGGGAGAGGAGGAUUCAGAUACGCUCUCUAUGCUCUCCCAGGAGGAGCUGCAGGUCUCUCCAGUCCAGUGGCCCCUAGAAAAUUGUUCCAGGGACACCAAGGGACCGUGGCUGCCCUGGUGAGAUGCUGGUAUACAGGAGGCACCUGCUGGGACAGGACUACUGCUCUCGAGGCCAUGGAGCGCUUUGGGGCAAGGGAAGCACCGGACAGCCCAAGCACCCUCCCUCCAUAUGCCCCACACACACACCUCUGCACAUCUCUGCUACUCGGAUGCUGGUGCAACUGGUCUGUACAGCAAAGUGUUUUUAUUUUAAAGGCGUUGGUGUGUCUAAAAAUAAAAAGCACUUCCUCUA